AUGACUAAACAUGAACUUAGUGAAAUACGCAAAAAUAUACCAAAGGUUGUUGAGAAUUGGAUUUCCUUUAUAAACAAUGAACAGUUAUUACUUGAUUAUACAUAUGGUAAGAUAUCUAGACACGCCUUUGAUGAUUUGCAAAAAUCAACGUCUUUUCUUCGAAUCGUUCCAUGUAAAAUAAGUACGGGAAAACGAUUCAAGCUUUGUUUUACCUUUCAUCCAUCCUCUAUUAUUCCAAAGCACGCAAUUCAACUAGCCACCUUAUCCACUUAUAUACACUCAUGGAUUAAUCCAAUAAAUUAA